AUGCGCCGCGAAGACUGCCCUACGGCUAACGAUAACAGUAUUACUCCUAGGAAAUGUGUUUGGUUACCUGAACCACAUGAUCCAAGGCCAAGUGUUUGGGCAGACAAUGCGUUAUGCCUACCACUUCACUCGAAAAUUGAAUUGAUAUGGUCAUGGUGUGGUCCAAUUCCCAAUAUAUCAUGUGUACACUUGUACGAUGCUGAAGCACCGGCCAUUUUUAAUGAUAAUUUCAUUUGUUGGAAAGAAAAUCAAUGA